AUGUUCGUCCCCGGAAAACCCAAGAUCAAAACGAGAACCGUCCUCGUCAAGAAGGCGCCCGCCCCCACAGCGAACCCCUCACCAUCGCCGCACGCGAGACCCGGCAACGGCACUCGCAGCUACAGCGCAUCCGGCCCGCCAGCGAACCGAUACCAGUCCACGCCGCGCUCGCAAACAGUCUCGCGGGAACCCGCGCGCAAGUCGGUUUCCGUGUCGCGUGUCGAGACCAACAAGCGUAAAGGCACCGACACGCCGCAAUGGGCUAGCAGCGACGAGUCGAGCGAGGAUGAGGAUACCAGUCGGCUGGGCGUCAAGCGACGGAAGACGCGGCCAGCGAGUAGUAGCACUGAGCCGAUGAGUCUGAACCGCGCACUCGAGCCGGACUUGAAGCGACGUAUACGGAUAGUAGAGCCUGAUGCCAAGGCGAAAUCGAAUGGUGUCAACGGCACGUCGAAUGGAACUGCGAACGGCGCCUCGAACGGCACAUCAAAUGGCGCGUCGGAUAUGAUGAAGAUGGCGCAAGAAAACGCCGCAUUCAGAAAGAAGAAGGCCGUGUCGGGUAAGAGCACUCUGAAGCACGGCUUCGAGAUGACGAAAGACGAUGGGGCGAAAGCCUACAAGUCCGCAUUCCCCGGUAGCGAGAAGAAGUUCACCGUGGAACUCCAGUACCCCAGCCUGUCACGUCCAGAAAAGUUCGAGGCAGUAGCUCGGAAAGAGGUGGACGAGGAGUACAGUCCACUGGAAGACAUCUAUUUCAGCAUAGAGGAAAUCAUCCAGCACUACCUCCCGCCCGAUCUCGCCAACGAGCUCUCCUCCGACGCCGAAGGCACCGUCCGUCUCCUCAAGCGCGCCGUAACCAAAGACGACCCCGAACUCUUCAAGCAAGAACUCGCCAAGUUCAACAAGCUCAUCAAAGACCAAUACGCCAACGGCACGAUACCCCGCAUCCUCGACGACAUGCACGCCAUCCCCCUCAGCCUCGUCAAACGCAUCACCGCCCAAAGCUACAACCGCAUCGUCUCCCCGCACGCCCACCGCCUCCGCAAAGUCGAAGGCAAAGAAACAACCUACGGCGAACUCCUAACCCCCUUCGUCCACAAAAUCUUCGCGCAAACCGGCCUAAACUCCACCCACACCUUUGUCGACCUCGGCUCCGGCGUCGGCAACGUCGUCCUGCAGUCCGCUCUCCAAACCGGCGCCGAAAGCUGGGGCAUCGAAAAGAUGAAGCUCGCCGCCUCGCUCGGCACAGAACAAGCCUCUGAGCUCAAAGCGCGGGCGAAGCUGUGGAACAUAGCCCUCCCCCGCAUCGAGCUCAUCGAAGGCGAUUUCCUCGAAAGCCCUGAGAUUGACGCUAUCCUCCGCCGCGCUGACGUUGUGCUGGUCAACAACAAGGUGUUUGGCGAGACGCUGAAUAAUCUGCUGUUGCAGAAGUUUCUCGACCUCAAACAGGGUUGUAAGGUCGUUAGCCUUGAGAGCUUUGGCGGGGGUGCUAAACAGGGGGUUAGGAACGAACAGAGUAUUGCUGGGCUUUUUGAUGAGGAGAGGUUUGAGAGUGGGACGAAUAGCGUUAGUUGGGCGGGGGAGAGUGUCGAGUAUUUUAUUGCUACAAAGGCGCGCUGA